AUCAUUGGUGUGUCUCCGGAAGACCAGCAUCUAUACAAUCCAAUAAUAGAGGCUGGUAGUGGAAAAAGAACCUGGAAAUGCUUGGGGAAUCCCGAAAUCGUGCUUUCAUAUGAUCAAAUAAACGACAAUUAUUGCGAUUGCCCCGAUGGUCUGGAUGAACCGGGGACAAAUGCUUGUCCGUAUAAUGAAAAGGCCAAAUUUUACUGUGCAAACAACGGCCAUAUACCUGGAUAUAUAGAGAACUACAAGUUAAAUGAUGGAGUAUGCGAUUAUGAUAUUUGUUGCGAUGGUUCAGACGAGUACCAGACUGGCAAAUGUGAGAAUAAGUGUCCACAGAUCCACCAACAGUACGUGGAGUAUAGUGAAAGAGUUAAAAAAGACAUCGAAAAGUCACUCCAGAUCAAGACAAAAUUGAUCGAAAUCGCCCAAAUUCGCAAAACUGAAGACCAGAAUAAAUUGAAGGAAUUGAAGGAAGCCUUAGCUAAGAAAACAAAUGAUUUAGAACAGUUGCAACAGGCCACCGUGGAUCAAACAGAAGACAACAAAGACAUUGGCCUGGUGUUCGAUAAGCUUUCUCCGCAUAUCAACGAGCUUACACAUCAAGUGACAAAGCACCACGACAACUUAUUGAAACAGGAAAAUAAGAUUUUGCAUCUUGAGAAGAUAUUGGCGGCAUUAACUAAAAACUACAAUCCUAAUUUUAACGAUGCAGCAGUGAAGGAAUCAGUCAACAAAUUCCAGGAAUAUGUUUCCAACAAGGAGGACGAACUAGUAGAACAAAUUGAAGAUACUCAUAGACUCUUGGAAGCGUUAGCUCAGAAGUCGAAGAAGAUCACUUGUACUCCUCAUGACCAACCAGACGUAAUCGAGACUCCAUCCCUUGCCCGCUUAAUUCACCACUACGUUAGCUACAUAGCAGAAAAUUAUUUGAAUAGAUUCUUGGAUAAGAGGGUCGAUGCUCUGGACUAUUCGCCACUCUUCACCGAAGAGACACCAUCCAUGCCGUCAUCGGAAGCAAUUGAGAAGCUCGAAAAGGAAAUAAAAUCUCUUCAAAUGGACGUAUCUAUUCUUGAGGAUGACUUGAAAACUGACUAUGGUCCCAAUGAUAUAUUGAGAUCACUUGUAUCGAGUAGAGUUGCAGGAAAGAUCGGAGAGUACAACUACAACUUGGGAUUCGUUGAUACUAUCACACAAGACGAUGUUCUUAUUGGGAGAUUCCUGGAAUUCAAAGACAAUACAUUAGUCUACAAGAAUGGAGCAAAAUGUUGGAAUGGUCCCAGCAGAUCUGCAGUAGUUGAAUUGAUCUGUGGCCCGCACAACAAGUUGUUGACUGUCAGUGAACCAGAGAAAUGCGAGUACUUAUUCGAACUUGUCACGCCAAUUAUCUGUGAACCAUUCACUGAGGAUGAAAUAUUUGCCAACUUCAAAAUUGAUCACAGUCGUUUAUAA